CACCAGUCAUAUCCCUCUCUUCCCAAUGAUGUAGGAUUAAUAGGAACCCAUAGCACAUAUACUACGCUGGCACGUGCAGUGGCUAUGCUUCAAGACACACGUACAGGUCUACGGUAACUUCAGCAGACAGGUGAAAAUGAAUAGAAAGCCUCUUCAGUACCUUGGAAUAUAAGCUGUAUUGAAUAAAUAAUGCAUUGAGGGGUGAAUCGGAUACCUGAUGGAGGAGUCUAAAUAAUGCACGUCUAUGCACAAGAGUUUUAGCAGAGAAGAAUGCAGAUAACUGGACCCAGGCUACCGGGCAAGAUUGAAAAAUGUCUCACUAUCAUUUUAUUAAAUGCUGUUGUUUCCAGCUUUGUAAUGUUUUUCGAUCACAUGACAUGGAAAUUGACCAGUGCUUGCUGGAAUCUCUUCCUUUGGGCCAGCGCCAGCGUCUGGUAAGACGUAUGCGCUGUGACCAAAUCAAGGCUUACUACGAGCGAGAAAAGGCCCUGCAAAAACAGGAUGCAUACAGGAAAAAAAGUAAGCAAAGGAAAAACUACAAAGUUAAUUUCCAUCUCUCCGACAAGAUACAAGAUGCUAUAAUCCACCAUGAUGAUAAAGAAGUGUUACAGUUACUUAAGGAUGGAGCUGAUCCUCAUACUCUUACUGUAUCUGGGGGAUGCCUGCUUCAUCUGUGUGCACGGUAUGAUAAUUCCUUUGCCGCAGAAAUCCUCAUUGACCGAGGAGUUAAUGUGAAUCACCAGGAUGAGGAAUUCUGGACUCCCAUGCAUGUUGCUUGUGCUUGUGAUAACCCUGAUAUUGUCCUUCUACUUCUUUUUUCGGGAGCAAAUGUACUUUUGCAAGAUGUGAAUAGCAAUAUUGCACUUGACUAUGCCACAGAGGGAACGGAGCCCAACUCUAUACUUCUGACAUACUUAGAAGAAAAUGGUGUUGAUCUGACCUCAUUGCGAAAGAUAAGGACCCAGAGAGCAGCAGUGAUGUUAUCUGAUGUGAAGCAGCUGCUGGCUGCUGGGGGAAGCGUUAAUGAGAAAAAUGAUGAUGGCGUGACUCUUCUUCACAUAGCCUGCGCUGGUGGAUAUAAGGAUGUUGCUUGCCAGCUAUUAGAGCACAAUGCUGAUCCAGAUGCUCAGGAUAACCAGUACUGGACUCCUCUUCAUUUGGCUGCAAAAUAUGGGCAGACAAACCUUGUAAAAACUCUUUUGGUCCAUCAAGCAAACCCAAAUAUUAUCAACUGCAGUGGGGAUAAGCCUUCAGAUAUUGCUGCAACAGAAUGUAUACAAGACAUGUUAUUCAAGGCUGAAGAUAUGUCAGAAGAGAAGAAAAAAGACCCUUCCUUUUCCCCCGUUUUCCAGGAAGAUCAGUAUGAAGAAAUCCUGCAGGAUCUUCCGCUGGCUACCAGUAAACUACGUCCAUUGGCAAUACCAAUUUCUAAGCAAGAUAGUUUGCUGGAAAAAGACACAAUGUUCAGAGAUUCAGCAAAGACAUUAAGCAAGCAUUACUCGCAAGACAAUGCUUCUGAAAGAAUGAAUGUGACCAGUUCUUCUAAACUGGAACAGAUCAAAUUAAUGCCAGCAGCUCCAAAUGACGACUUAGCAACUCUCAGUGAGCUCACGGAUAGCAGCCUGUUGUAUGAGAUUCAGAAACGGUUCAAAAACAACCAAAUUUAUACCUAUAUUGGAAAUAUUCUGCUACUGGUUAACCCAUACAAAAAUCUCCCCAUCUACUCAUCCAUGGUUACACAGUUGUAUCAUAACGUCUCUGGCCGUUUAUGCUCUUCCCUUCCUCCUCACAUAUUUGCGUGUUCGGAGCGAGCUUACCAUAUGGUUUUCCAAGAGAGGAGACCGCAGUGCUUUAUCUUAAGUGGUGAAAGUGGUUCUGGGAAGACAGAAGCCUACAAACACAUUAUUAAACAUCUUGUCCUCAGGUGUAGUUCCCGAAAAAAUUCCCUUAAUUCAAAGAUUAAACAUGUAAAUACAAUCCUAGAAGUAUUUGGGCAUGCCAAAACAACGCUUAAUAAUUCAUCUAGUCGUUUUAUAAAAUUUCUUGAGCUACAGCUUUGUGAAAGGACAUCAACUUUAUUGGGAGCCAGAAUGCACACAUAUAUGCUGGAGAAGACCCGUCUCAUUGCUCAUGCUCAAGGCCAAAGCAACUUCCUUAUUUUUUACCUAAUGAUGGAUGGCCUGUCUGCUGAAGAGAAAUAUAACCUGUACCUCAGGAGCAUAUCUGCACACAGGUAUCUGAAUCAGACUAAACUGGAGGAGCUGCACAGCACACAAAACAGAGAGAAAUUAGCUAACCUCAAGCAAGCGCUGAACGCUUUGGGGUUCAAAAGUCUUGAUGUGGAGAAUAUAUUUAUGAUUCUGUCAGCUAUUUUGCACAUUGGGGAUAUCCAAUUUACAGCUCUAACUGAUGCAGAAACAGCCUUUGUGUCUGACCUGCAGCUUCUAGAACAAGUGGCUGGAAUGUUGCAGAUAUUGCCAGAUGAACUCUCUACUGCCUUAACAACAGAUGUGCAAUACUUUAAAGGGGAUAUGAUAACUCGUAGACAUUCUAUGGAAACUGCAGAAUUCUAUCGGGAUCUACUUGCAAAAUCAUUGUAUUGCCGUCUGUUUAGCUAUUUAGUAAAUAAUGCCAAUUUCUACCUCCAAAAUCAAAGUGAUCAAGGCAGCUACCCACCUCUCACAAUUGGAAUUUUGGACAUGUUUGGCUUUGAAGACUUUCAGAAAAAUUCAUUUGAACAAUUGUGCAUUAAUCUGACCAACGAAAAAAUCCACCAGUAUAUGAAUGAACUGCUUUUCCUGCAAGAACAAACUGAAUGUGCACAAGAGGGAGUUUCCAUGGAAACCAUGUAUUGUCCUGGAAACCAUGCAACAGUACUGGAUUUUUUCUUCCAGAAGCCAUUAGGUUUCCUGUCUGUUCUAGAUGAGGAAAGUCAGUCUAUGCAUUCCAUAGAACAAAGUCUCUCCAAAAGGCUGCAGUCACUGUUGGAGACAUCAAAUUCAAAUACAGUGUACACAUCAGUAAAGGACGGCAAUGGCAAUGUCACAUCUAAGGAUCACGGUCCCGUCUUCACAAUCAUGCAUUAUGCAGGACGGGUGACUUACGAUAUUUCUGGAGCAAUUGAGAAAAACAAAGAUGUGCUAUCUCAGAAUCUUCUUUUUGUCAUGAAAACCAGUGAAAAUGUGAUAGUGAACCAGAUGUUUCAGUCUAAGCUAACUCAGACAGGUUCACUUGUACCGCCAUAUCCACCUUUAAAACUCAGAGGACCCAAAGCAGCCUUACUUUUAAAAAAAACAACAUCCCCAUCAAAUGGCGAGACCAAAAAGAUCCUGGAACUUAGUAAGUUGUUGAAAAAAAAAGGAUCAUACUCAUUUCUUCAAAAGUUGGAACGUGGAGGCCCUACUACUGUGACUAUACAACUCAGGAAAUCUCUCACGGAAUUGAUCGGGAAACUACAAGGCAGCACUCCACAUCUUAUGCAUUGUAUUAAGCCUAAUAGUUCCCAACUGGCAGAAACCUUUGAUAAUUUUUAUGUGUCAGCACAACUACAAUAUAUCGGAGUGCUGGAGAUGGUAAAAAUUAUACGUCAUGGUUAUCCUGUACGUUUGGCUUUCCCUGACUUCCUGUCAAGGUAUAAGCAUUUAACAGAAAUUUUUACAAGAGAGAAACAAAAAGCAUCACCAGAGGAGAAAUGUCGCCAUGUUCUUGAGCAGUGCAAACAACAGGGAUGGCAGAUCGGAACUCGGAAAGUAUUUAUGAAAUAUUGGCAAGCUGAUCAACUUAAUGACAUGUGUGUUCAGCUGCAGAGAAAAAUUAUUCUAUGUCAGAAAGUCAUGAGGAGGUUUCUAGCUCGACAACAGCUGCGGCGUAAAAUGAACAUUAAACAAAAUGAAGUUACUUGUGUAGAAGACUUCCUUCUUACUGUAGAGGACAUGGGGCAACAAACCUUCCAUUCCCUGGUUGUCCAAAAUACAGCUGACAUUGCUCGAGAAAAAGACAGACUUCACUCUGACCCAGAAGCUACUAAUAACAAAACAGGACAAGCUUCAGAUAAAGAAGUCAUUCCCAACAGAAAUGAAGAAAUGGGUAAAAGGAUGUUGAAAAGCACCUUUGGAGGAUACCGCUCUACACCUAACUUGUUUCACUCAGAUUCCAUUACGAUUCCACUAAGUGUGGGAAGCUUUGCACAGUCUGCACAUGGGACAUCUGGCAGAUCCAUGUCUCUGCACACAGUGUUAAGUUUAGAUGACAGUGGUAAUCUACAGUCACCUCGAAAACAACCUCCUCCAAAACCAAAGAGAAACCCUACUACAAGAUUAAGUGCUUCUUAUGAAGCUGUUAGUGCAUGUCUUAUUGCUGCAGCCAAGGACCUUGAUAAUGAUGCUCUCUAUCGGCCAAGACCGCAUAGUGAUGAUUACAGCACGUUGAAAAAAAUUCCUCCACCAAAACCAAAGAGAAGUCCCAAUACAAAGCUGAGUGGCUCAUAUGAGGAGAUAUCAGUUCAUAGAUUUGGUGAAGUAAAAUCAGCAGCCUCUGCAGAUGGAUCACUUCCAGGGACACUGUCUGUAUAUAUGUCACAGGAAGAUGAUGAUAAUGAGCCCGUGUACAUAGAGAUGGUUGGUAAUGCUAAGAAGAGUUGUCCUCCAGAAGCCGGGAGUCCAGAACAAGGAGAAGCUGUAUAUGAAGAGAUGAAAUAUUUUAAUCCUGAUCAGAUAAAUAGUAACACUGUGCAAACCAGUGCCUCACAAGUAUUUUUGUCAAACAUUAACUUAGUUGAUGGCCGUGCCACAAAUAAAAAAGAUGAUCGCCAGAUCAGGGAAACAUAUGACAUACCAGCUCCAUUUCCAAACCUCCUUCCUCAUCGACCACCUUUGCUAGUAUUUCCUCCUGCCCCAGUUACUUGUUCUCCGGCAUCUGAUGAGUCCCCCUUGACUCCAUUGGAAGUAAUAAAACUUCCUGUACUUGAAACCAACAUAAACUAUUCUAUACAGUCGGAAUGUUCAAGUCCAAUAUCUCCUCAGUGUUCGAAAUAUCAAAAAGGGGACAGUGAAAGACCAUCAUCACCAGCACAGAGUGCAUUUGGCGUUACAAGCAAGAUGUCCCCACCUUCUACAUCUCCACUACAAGCAACCUCAGCUUCUUACUGUUCCACAACACACUUUACUUUUCCCACUGAGACUCCAUAUGCCUUGUUAGUCAAUUCUGCAAAGAGGUCUCUUCAUGCAGAUAACCUGAAAACUCUUAGUAGAUCUAGUCCUUCUAUAACUGAUACUUCUUCUAGCACAGUGACUAAAUUGCCCUUUUCUUCUCCAGUAAAAAUUCCAAGGACCAUUGAAACGAAAUCCCCUUCUGUGUUUCCAGCCAGUGUAACCAACAUUAGCUAUGUUACAAGUCCUUUGGAUGAAUUAACAACCCUCUUUACCUCAGGGAGGAGUUUACUGAGAAAAUCGGCAGCUGGCAGAAAAAUUCGUGAAAUGGAAGGUGUUGAGCUGAAUCUGAACACGAGCACUGGGGAAGAUACUGCAAUGCCAGAUACUCAAGAUACCAAUGCAAAUAAUCAAGAUAAUCAGACAUUAAGCACUUUAUCUACCUGUGUACCAUGUGAGAAUGGAAACUCUGUUUCUAGUGGUCUAGAAGAAGAUUUGAACUGUAAAUAUCGUAGCAGCACAACAAAUGCUUCAGUACCAAGGAACAAAGAAAACUACAGUAGCCAGGUAUCUGUAUUAAGUUUUUUUGUGGUGUACUGA